AGCCCCUCACCGGGGGAUUCUAGGCAGGGGCGCUACAGUUGAGGCACACCUCUAGCCUGGCUGCUAGGGUUAAAUGAGGAACAAGCUUUACCCCUUAAGGGUGUCCCCAACAGCAGGCAGGUUGCUCACUGAUACCCAUCAUUUUCAUUUUAGUGUGUCAGUUGUCUGAGUCUGGAUCCCACAGGUCUACCAGGGUGCAGGGCCUCCCAUGUUCUGUGAGCCUCUGAGAAAGGAAGAAACUGAUGGAGGGCAGUGGCCUCUGUUAUCACACUCUGGAGGCCUGGGCAAGGGGAUCUGGCUUUUCUGCCUGGGUUCUCACACUAGAAAUACUAAAUAUUUACACUUGCUCCCGGGCUCGGGGGAUGGGUGAUUUCCAAGCCUUCUGUCCCUCCAGCCUUCUCUAUCCAGACGGCUCAGAGGCCCUCCCAAUGCCUCCGGUCUCCCUCAGAUUUGCUGGGCUUGCUGCAAACCUCACUGGAGUCAGCAUCUGGGGCGUGAGAGGUGACCAUGGCGAAUGCUGGGCUGCGCACGCUGCAGCUGCUGCUCCUGCUGAGCGCUUGGCGGGCACGUGGAGGCGCCGCGCGAUGCCGCGUCACGCUGGUGCUGUCCCCGCAGAAGGCGGCGGGCGCAGGCUGCUGGAGCUCCGACACCUCCCACGACGGCGAGCUGCACGCGCUGCGCAUGCGCGUGGGCCGCCACGAGGAGCUGCUGCGCGCGCUGCAAAGGUGCGCGGCCGAGGGAGGCGGGCUCGCGGGCGAGGUGCGCGCGCUGCGUGAGCGCAGCCGCAGCCUGGACGCGCGCCUGGGUCAGCUGCGCGCGCAACUGCAGCCGGAGGCGGGGGCGGAGCCCGGCCCGGGGGCGGAGGGCCCGGGGGCGGAGCCUGCUGCGGCGCUCAGUCUGCUCGCCGAGCGCGCGCUGCACGCCGAGGCCGAGGCGCGCCGCAUGGCAGCGCGCCUGCAGCAGCUGGACGCGCAGCUCCGCGAGCAUGCGCAGCUCGUCAGCCAGCAUAGCCGCCUCCUGGGCCGCCUGCAGCGCGCGUGCGCGGACCCGGACCGGGGCCAGCAGCAGGUCCUGCCACUGCCUCUGGUGCCGUUGGUUCCUCUGAGUCUUGUGGGCAGUGCCCAGAACAGCAGCAGGAACCUGGACCAAACUCCAGAGCACCAGAGAGACCAGAGCUUGAGGCGGCCGGAGCCCCCGUCUCCUCCCCUACCUACUGGGCACCUUGCUGUUCCCACCAGGCCAGUGGGCCCAUGGAGGGACUGUGCAGAGGCUCACGGGGCAGGUCACAGGCAGAGCGGAGUGUAUGAGCUGCUGGGCCGGCGGGUGGUAUCCGUGUGGUGUGAACAGCAGCAGGAGGGUGGAGGCUGGACCGUCAUCCAGCGGCGGCAGGACGGCUCCGUCAAUUUCUUCACCAACUGGCAGCACUACAAGGCGGGCUUUGGACGGCCAGAUGGGGAAUACUGGCUGGGCUUGGAACCCAUGCAUCAGGUGACCAGCCGUGGGGACCAUGAGCUGCUGAUCCUCCUGGAGGACUGGGGGGGCCGUGGGGCACGUGCCCACUAUGACAGCUUCUCCUUGGAACCCGAGAGUGACCACUACCGCCUGCGGCUUGGACAGUACCAUGGUGAUGCUGGAGAUUCUCUCUCCUGGCACAACGACAAACCUUUCAGCACUGUGGACAGGGACCGAGACUCCUAUUCUGGUAACUGUGCCCUGUACCAUCGUGGGGGCUGGUGGUACCACGCCUGUGCCCACUCCAACCUCAAUGGUGUGUGGUAUCAUGGAGGUCACUACCGGAGCCGCUACCAGGACGGGGUCUACUGGGCCGAGUUCCGCGGUGGGGCGUACUCUCUGAAGAAGGCUGUUAUGCUGACCCGGCUUGUGCGGUUGUGACUGUCCCAUGAGUGCCCCCAAGGGCCUCUCUGUCUCCUUGAGCUGGUUUCUUAUAGCAACACGAGGCGUCCACACACCAUGUCUGU